AUGCUCGCAGAGCCAGUUCCAGCUGCCCAGGAGCGGGAGCAGCUGGGCGCCGUCAAGCUGGAGGAGGAGGAAGUGGGGCAGGAGGAUCCCCGGCGGACAGAGGCCAGGCCCCGGCCCGAGGUGGCCCACCAGCUCUUCAGAUGCUUCCAGUACCAGGAGGACAUGGGGCCGCGGGCAUCCCUGGGCCGGCUGCGGGAGCUGUGCAGCCACUGGCUGCGGCCAGCUCUGCACACCAAGAAGCAGAUCCUGGAGCUGCUGGUGCUGGAGCAGUUCCUGAGCGUGCUGCCCCCACACCUGCUGCACCGCCUGCAGGGCCAGCAGCUCCGCGACGGCGAGGAGGUGGUGCUGCUGCUGGAGGGCAUCCCUGGGGAGGCCAGCCACGCGGGGCCUCUGGAUUUCAGUUUCAGUGCUGGCAAAAAUUGUCCCCGCACAGACAUCCCCUCGGGGGGGCAGGGGGACCUCUCCCAGGCCCCCGGCCACAGCCCCAAAAAGGAAGUGCCCUCCGAAGAGCCCGCAGCCUUCGCUCUGCCCAGUGAACCGGCUCUGGCCCCGCCAGGGCCCACCAAGCCUGCUGACCUGGGAGAGUGGAGCCGGGCCACAAGUUCAAGGCAGCCAGCUAGCCCAGCUCCCCAGUGGACGCUCCAGGUCUCGCCCGACAGCUAGCCCCAGGGCUCUGCACUGUGGACGGAGCAGAAUUCCCGGGAUCAGGAGCUGGCAGCCGUGCUGGAGUCCUUGACCUUUGAGGAUGUCCAGGAGAAAAAGGCUGAGCCUGCGCACCCUCUGGGAUUCGGAGGCACAACCACGGACAAGGAUGAGUUUAAAAAGGAGGAUCCCAGCGGGGCGGCCUGGCCCCCUGCCACCGAAGCAGAUUCCAAGGCCCCAGAGCCGCCCGCACAGUCGCCGGGGCCAGGCCCGGAGGCGAGCUGCCCGGGUGCAGGGGGGUCCCCUUCCAGCAGUGGCGAAGUUUUGGAGGCUACUGCGCCAGGGGCCGCCCCCUCCUCAGAUGAACAGCUGCAGUUCCCAUGCACCGAGUGCGGGGUAAGCUUCCGGCAGCUGUCCCGACUGAAGGCGCACCAGCUCCGCUCUCACCCGCAGGCGCGCUCCUACGUGUGCCUGUGCUGUGGCAAGAGCUUUGGCCGCAGCUCCAUCCUCAAGCUGCACAUGCGCACUCACACGGACGAGCGGCCGCACGCCUGCCACCUCUGCACCCACCGCUUCCGCCAGAGCUCGCACCUGACCAAACACCUGCUAACGCACUCCUCCGAGCCCGCCUUCCUGUGUGCCGAGUGCGGCCAGGGCUUCCAGCGUCGCAGCAGCCUGGUGCAGCACCUGCUGGCGCACACCCAGGACCAGAAGCCCGCGUGCACCCCGGAGGCCAAGACAAAAGUGCCGGAGCUGACCGUCAUCCUGUGCACCCACUGUGGCCAGAGCUUCCAGCACCGCUCCAGCCUCAAGCGCCACCUGCGCAUCCACGCCAGGGGCAAGGACCACCGGUGCUCCGAGCCCUCUAGCAGCCUCAGCCCGAAAACCAAGAGCAGGCCCUACGUGUGCGGGGACUGCGGCAAAGCCUUCCGGCGCAGCGAGCACCUGGUGACCCACCAGCGCCUGCACACAGGGGAGCGGCCCUUCUCGUGUGAGGCCUGCGGCCGCAGCUUCACACAGAGCUCCCAGCUGGUCAGCCACCAGCGUGUGCACACCGGUGAGAAGCCCCAUAUUUGCGCGCAGUGCGGCAAAAGCUUCGUGCGGCGGGCCGGGCUCGCCCGCCACCUGCUGACGCACGGCGGCCUGCGGCCCCACCACUGCGCUCAGUGUGGCAAGAGCUUCAUGCAGACGCAGGACCUGGCCCGCCACCUGCGCAGCCACACGGGCGAGAAGCCCUGCCGCUGCAGCCAGUGUGGCGAGGGCUUCAGCCAGAGCGCGCACCUGGCGCGCCACCAGCGCAUCCACACCGGGGAGAAGCCGCAUGCCUGCGACACGUGCGGCCACCGCUUCCGCAACAGCUCCAACCUGGCCCGCCACCGCCGCAGCCACACCGGGGAGCGGCCCUACAGCUGCCCGACGUGUGGCCGCAGCUUCCGGCGCAACGCCCAUUUGCAGCGGCACCUGGCCACGCACGCGGGGUCGGGCCACGAGGCUGAGGCCCCCCAGGAGUGCCCGGAGUGUGGCAAGACCUUCAGCCGCAGCUGCAACCUGCUGCGCCACCUGCUCGUGCACACCGGCGCCAGGCCCUACCCCUGCUCCCAGUGUGGCCGCAGCUUCAGCCGCAACUCGCACCUGCUGCGCCACCUGCGGACCCACACCCGGGAGACGCUGUACUAG